GCUAAGUGUCGGUAAUCGCGUUUGGUUGAGAAGCGGUCAGUCAUGUCGGAGCAGGAGUCUCUGAAGAGCUCCAGCGCGAGGAACCGCGGAGGAGUACAGCGAGUGGAAGGCAAACUGAGAGCCAGCGUGGAGAGAGGAGAUUACUAUGAGGCCCAUCAGAUGUACCGCACAUUAUUCUUCAGGUAUAUGUCACAAGCGAAGCAUGCAGAAGCCAGAGAGUUGAUGUACAAUGGAGCACUACUCUUCUUUAGUUAUAAUCAGCAAAACAGUGCUUCAGAUCUUUCCAUGCUGGUCCUCGAAUCCCUGGAGAAAUCUGGGUGUAAUGUUGAUGACGAGACACUAGUCUUUCUUCCAGAACAUUUGGCUAAACUCUUUAGCUUGAUGGACCCAAACUCCCCCGAGCGAGUUGCAUUUGUCUCCAGAGCGAUCAAGUGGUCAUCCGGAGGCUCUGGGAAGCUGGGCCACCCCAAACUACACCAGCUGCUGGCACUUACGCUGUGGAAAGAGCAAAACUACAGUGAAUCACGCUAUCAUUUCCUUCACUCGUCUGAUGGAGAGGGUUGCGCUCAGAUGCUGGUGGAGUACUCUUCAGCGCGAGGAUUUCACGGCGAAGUGGACAUGUUUGUAGCACAGGCUGUCUUACAGUUCCUCUGUCUAAAGAACAAACCGAGCGCAUUGGUGGUGUUCACCACAUACACACAGAAGCAUCCGUCUAUAGAGAAAGGCCCUCCAUUUGUUCAACCUCUGCUCAACUUCAUCUGGUUCCUGCUGCUGGCUGUGGAUGGUGGGAAGUUGACAGUUUUCACAGUGUUAUGUGAACAGUAUCAGCCUUCACUUAAGAGGGACCCCAUGUACAAUGAGUACCUUGACAGAAUAGGGCAGCUGUUCUUUGGAGUGCCACCAAAACAGUCUUCAUCGUAUGGUGGUUUGCUAGGAAAUCUAUUGAAUAGUCUAAUGGGCUCAGGGGAGGAAGAAGAUGGCGAGGAAGCUCAAGAGGACAGCAGCCCCAUUGAGCUGGACUAAAACAUCUGUGACCAGAGAAAUGCUGGUCCCCACAUCACAGAUCAGCCCUAUACAAGCCGUUAUACUGAACUGAACAAUGACCAAUCACAUAUUCAUUUGGGCGAUCUUUUUUCAACAACAAACUCCUUCAUGCUAUUGUUGAACUUUGUUCUAUGAUUUUUUUUAAGAAUGAAGGUGCAACAAUAUCAAACUUCCUGGAGUUCUGCUGAACAAAAUUUAUAAAAAUAGUGAAAGAUGCACUUCAGAUUCAGUAAUUGUGACACCCUCCAUUUGUAGUUCCACAGAGCUUUUGUUUUUGGGGACCUUUGUUUGUGGGAGAAGCAACACUGUUAUUUUCCCGUUCUGCCCCGGAGGGUGGAGGUGUAAUAUUGAAAGUAAUUAAAUAACUCUUAACUUAUAA